AUGAAGCUGCGACGCCUCAAUGAGCGACAAAUGCGCUGGGCAGAUAUAUUGAGCCGCUAUGACUUCUACCUCCAGUACCGACCUGGGAAACUUGCCCUUACUCCUGAUGCCCUAUCUCGCCGAGACCAAGACAUGCCCAAUGACCCAGGUGAUGAACGACUACAGAUGCGGGAGAAGCGCCUCUUGGACCCUAAUGCAUUUGUGGAAACCAGUGAAUGCACCAUAUGCUGCUUGUCAGCUGCACAGGCUGACAGGCCCAUUCACAUCCUACCAACCCAUACUAGUGACGGAACUACAGAAAAUGGAAGCACCACUUCAGAUCUCGAGCAGCAAUGGAGCCAUGCAGAAGCUGAGGAUGCUGCUAUGCCCACACUUCGUGACGCCAUCCGUGCAGGGCUGCCUCGUUUCCCUCCUGAAUUGGGAAUCCGGGUCUCAAUUGGCGAAUGUGAACUAGACUCUGAUGAUCGAAUCCUUUUCCGCAAACGGCGAUGGGUCCCCAAUAAUGAACCAUUACGAACAAGGUUGAUGCAAGAAGCUCAUGAUUCUCCACUGACUGGCCACCCGGGUAGCAAUGCACUAUAUAGUUUACUCGCUCGACAACUCUUUUGGCCCAAUAUGAGCGCAGACGUGAAGCGCUUUGUCAAGAAUUGUGACCAAUGUGGAGCUACCAACAUCUGGCGAGAUCGACGACAAGGACUGCUGAAACCCUUACCUAUCCCAGAUCGCAAAUGGCGUGAACUCUCCAUGGAUUUUAUAGAGGGACUGCCAGAGUCAAAUGGUUACACUACUAUCCUGGUGAUAGUAGACCGCCUCACCAAAGGGACUAUCCUAAUCCCUUGUGCAAGGACAGGGAGUGACUACAUUGUACCAAAGUUCCUACAACAUGUUGUGGCAUACCAUGGCCUCCCAGCUGCUAUCACAUCUGAUCGCGGCUCACAGUUUGUGGGCGAACUCUGGGAACGCAUGUGUAGCCUCCUCAAGAUCAGUCGACGCCUCUCUACUGCCUACCAUCCCCAAACCGAUGGGCAGACAGAGCGCAUGAAUGCAGUUAUUGAGAGCUACCUCCGUAACUUCUGCAACUUCGCACAGGACAACUGGUCAGAAAUCCUACCUAUGGCACAGCUUGCAAUUGCCAAUCAGACUGCAGCAUCUACUGGAUUCAGCCCCUUCUUUCUUGACCAUGGGUUCCAUCUAGAGACACUCCAGCUAACUGAACCUGUUACUGAUGAGCCCCAGCAAUCACCUAGUAGCUCCGCGGGUGCCCGAAUAGCUGAAAAGCUCAAAAAUGCAUUGGAGGUCGCCCAAAGUGAAUUAGCUGCAGCCCAGGAACGACAAGAACAAUAUGCCAACCGCUACCGGAACCUCGCACCACAUUACAAGCCUGGUGAUAAAGUUUGGCUCAACCUACAGAACAUCCGAACGAGCCGUCCCAGUAAAAAGCUUGAUGUACGCCAGGCCAAAUAUACCGUCCUAGCACAGAUUAGCCCGUACGCCUACCGAUUGAACACACCAGAGGGUAUCCAUCCUGUCUUCCAUGUUGAUCUGCUUCGGCCAGCAGCAAAUGACCCCUUCCCCAGUCAACGCAAUGAUGAUUACCAGCCCCCGGCUGUGCUUGUUGAUGGUGAGGAAGAGUACCAAGUGGAACGUAUACUGGACUACCGACAGAUCCGCCGUGGACGAGGAUUUCAGCGACAAUACCUGGUGAAAUGGACUGGUUACCUGCAUCCUGAAUGGACCGCUGCGCACAACAUGGAGAAUACUGCUGCACUAGAUGAAUGGGAACAACGCCACCGAAUUCAGAGCUCCACGGGAGAGGGGGACGAUUUAUAG